CAACGCGGCUCAUCAAGUUGCAGUGGCGAGGAGAACAGUGCAAAACAAGAGGCUGGGGAUUGCGUUAGAGAUAAACCAUUUCGCUGCAGGAGCCCCUGAGUGAGGAGGAAACGCCGCUCCAGCUACGAUAGAGAGAAGCUGUUAAGGAUGGGUAAAGGAGACCCCAACAAGCCGAGGGGCAAAAUGUCCUCCUACGCUUUCUUCGUGCAGACCUGCCGGGAGGAGCACAAGAAGAAGCAUCCGGACUCCCCUGUAAACUUUGCGGAGUUCUCCAAAAAGUGCUCUGAGAGAUGGAAGACCAUGUCUGCAAAAGAAAAGUCCAAGUUCGAAGACCUUGCAAAAGGAGAUAAAGCUCGGUAUGAUCGGGAGAUGAAAAAUUAUGUGCCUCCCAAAGGUGAUAAGAAAGGAAAGAAAAAGGAUCCUAAUGCUCCCAAGAGACCACCAUCUGCAUUCUUCCUCUUCUGCGCCGAACAUCGUCCAAAGAUCAAAAGUGAACAUCCAGGCCUUUCAAUUGGAGAUACUGCUAAGAAACUGGGGGAACUGUGGUCUGAACAAUCCGCCAAAGACAAACUACCUUAUGAACAGAAAGUUGCUAAACUAAAGGAGAAAUAUGAAAAGGAUAUUGCAGCAUAUCGUGCCAAGGGCAAGGGAGAUGCAGGAAAGAAGGGCCCUGGCAGGCCAACAGGAUCGAAGAAGAAGAAUGAGCCUGAUGAAGAGGAAGAAGAUGAAGAUGAGGAAGAUGAGGAUGAGGAGGAUGAUGAUGAAGAGUAAAUGAAUAUCCUGUUGUAAAGAUUUUUUGUGUGUGAUGAAAGUCAUUGUUUUGCUAAGAAUGUGAACUCAAGUGCAGCUCAUUGUUAGCUUCAGUAUAAAAACUGUACAGACUUGUGUAUAGGUAACGUGAUUCUUUGUAGGGAGAACCUCUAUUUUUUAAUGUAAGUAGAAGCUUUCAAGGGGACACUCCAGAUAGAUUUUAAAGCUUCUGAUGUUGAAUGUUUCUGCAUAUUUAAUGGUUUCUUUUGAAUUUCUUGACAGUGUAUUGUUGUAGCACCAUAAAGUCCUAGGAAGUAGUAUCAUAGAAAAUCUUAAGUUUUAUAGAAAACGUUGCAUUUUGUUUUUUUAAGAUAAAUAUUUUGUAAUAAAAUGAUGUACAUUA